AUGGAGUUCAAGCCAGAAUAUUUUUCAGGAUCGAUGACAUCAGGCUCGAAGCUAUUAAUAAAUCUUCGUCGGCAAAAAGGAAAUCCUUUAUUGAAAUACGUUCGAAAUAUUCCCUUCGAGUGGGCUGAUAUUAAAGCGGACUUUGAAGCUGGUAAAGAAAUGGGAAUUCUCUAUUUAAGUCUAAAAUGGCAUAAAUUACACCCAAAUUAUAUCGAAACACGAAUGAAUUCUGAUGGUAGCGGAUAUCCUAUCAAGGUCUUAUUGGUUCUGGUAAAUGUCGAAGCACGUUUCAUUUUACGCGAACUGAAUUUAUUUUGCUAUCGUACUGGAUGGACAUUAAUAUUGUGUUAUUCAGCAGAAGAAGCAGCUGAAUAUCUGGAGAAUAUUCAUCUAUCACGCAAUAAAGAUGAACAUAGUGCAAUUGUUGCAAUAUUAGAGAGGAAAAAGAAGAGAAUGGGAAUCGCAGACGAUACCGAAAUUCAACAGGCUGUUAAUUUUCUUUGUGGAAUUCGAUCAGUUACAAAUUCUGAUGCACAGCGAUUAAUUGGCACAUUUGGAAGUAUUCAUCGAAUCGCGAAUGCCAAUUUAGAGAGUUUAUUGUUAUGUCCUGGACUUGGUCCGGAUAGCCAAAUGUCGGAUAUACCAGAAAAUGCCAAUGAGCAUUGCCCAGGUACACAAAGUGAGAAUGCUGGAAAGGCUUCAUCGUGCGCAGGAUGUCCAAAUCAAGCAACUUGUGCGUCAGGUGAAGCAAGAAGUUUUGAUCCAGAUAUAGCAUUAAUAGCUGAUCGAUUAGGUGCUGUGAAACACAAAAUAUUAAUACUUUCUGGAAAAGGUGGAGUGGGAAAAAGUUUGGUUACCGCAAAUUUAGCGCGAGCUUUAGCUAUGGACAAGUCGAAACAGAUAGCAAUACUGGAUGUUGACAUAUGUGGACCAUCACAGGCAAGAAUCAUGGGAAUGGAAGAUGAAAGUGUUCAUGAAAGUGCUGAAGGUUGGAGUCCUAUCUACGUUCAGGAUAAUUUGGCUAUGAUGAGUAUUGCCUUUUUAUUGCAAAACCGCAAUGAUGCUGUCAUAUGGCGUGGCGCUCGUAAAAAUGCUCUUAUAAAGCAAUUUUUAAAGGAUGUUAAUUGGGGGUCUAUUGAUUAUCUUUUAAUUGAUACACCCCCUGGUACAUCUGACGAACAUAUAUCGAUCGUACAGUUUCUUCUUCAAGCUGGUUCUAUCGAUGGUGCAAUUUUAGUGACUACUCCUCAAGAAAUUUCAUUGUUAGAUGUUCGAAAAGAGAUCAGCUUUUGUCGCAAAACAGGUGUUCCCAUACUUGGUAUAAUCGAAAAUAUGGCAUCAUUCAUAUGUCUCUGUUGUUUCAAUUCGUCUAAGCUGUUCCCAUCGACCACUGGUGGUGCGAAAGCAAUGUGUGUAGAAUUGUGUGUUAAACUACUUAUGUCAUUACCGUUCGAUCCUAGAAUGGCGGAAUGUGCUGAUCUAGGCGAGGAUUUUUUCGAUAAAUGUCCUGAUUCACCCGCCGUGAAAUCAUUCUUGGAAUUGGCUAGCUUUAUUAUCCCUGAAAUAUCGGAUAAAGAAAUCAAAUUCAUUUCGUUGAAAAUGGUACACCGUGUAGUUAUCACUGGUAUUGGAAUUGUUAGUCCAUUUGGUGUUGGCCGAAAAAUAUUGUUUGAAAAUCUAAUUGCUGGUAAUGUCAGCCUUAAAUAUGAUUCAAUGGUUAAAACAGUCGUUGGUAAAAUACCGGAAGGAACAGCCAAAAAUGAAUUAAAUUUGGCAUUAUGGCGAGAUGGUGAACGACGUCAAAUGAGUAGAGGUAGUCUUCUUGCACUUUUGGCUGCCGACGAAGCAUUAAAAGAUUCUAAAUUAAAUGAAACGGAUUUGAAAGAAACUGGUGUUAAUGUUGGUAUGGGUAUUGCAGAUUUAGAAAUGAUUGUAGAAGUGGCAAAUCUAAUAAAAGAUGGCAAAAAUCGUAAAGUUACACCAUUUUUUAUUCCGAGAAUUUUAACCAAUAUGCCCGCCGGUCAUAUAAGUAUUCGUUAUGGGCUUCAAGGACCAAAUAUGAGUUCAUGUACAGCUUGUGCGACAGGUUUGCAUGCUAUCGGUGAUGCUGCUACAUUUAUUGCGAUAGGUAGGGCUAAACGCAUGAUAGCAGGUGCAACUGAAGCUUGCAUAAAUCCAAUAGCAAUAACUGGCUUUCAGAGACUCAGAGCUUUAUCAUCCACUGCAUCCCGGCCAUUCCAUCGACUUCGAGAUGGUUUUAUUCUUAGUGAGGGUGCAGCUAUUGUAAUACUUGAACGCCUCGAGGAUGCCAAGAAACGCCAUGCUUUAAUAUAUGCUGAAAUCAAGGGUUAUGGUGCAUCAAGUGAUGGUUUUCAUUUAACUUCACCGACCGAGGAUGGAAUCGGAGCCAAGUUAAGCAUGCAGCGUUGUCUUGAAGAUAGCCAUCUCACACCUUCUGAAAUUGGUUAUAUUAAUGCCCAUGCAACAUCAACGCCUCUCGGUGAUCGCGCUGAAGCUUAUGCUAUAUCUGAACUAUUUCCAAAUGUAUUCGUGUCCUCAAUUAAAGGUCAUAUUGGUCAUACAUUAGCCGCAGCUGGUGCAAUUGAAACAGCGAUCACUGCAAUGUGUAUCCAUGAACGUAUUAUUGUUGGUAACGCACUAUUAGAUGAUACUGAUAUAAUGGAAAAUAUUCAAUUACUUCGUACAUCAGUGGAAUGGAAUCAGAAAAUAAACGCACUAGUCAAUUCAUUCGGGUUUGGUGGUCCACAUGCGACUCUUUGUCUUUCUGCUGUUCAAAAUUGA